UACACAACGUUGUAGUUGUGGGAGCGCUUGACAUUUGGUCUCCGCAGGUAUCCGUAGUAAACACGGAAGUGGAAGCGGAGGGAAGUCUCCCAUCACAUUUGUCGAAAUCAUGUCGUGUUUAUCUUCUAGCGGUACUGUAAUUCAACCGCGUAGCUCACAUAAAAUACGACAAAUACGAUAAUGUUGAUUGUAAGCGAACUACUUUUACGGUGACCUUGUAGUUAUGUUGUUUUUGGGGUGACUUGUCGUGAGCUAGCUACGUGGCUAAUGUACGAAGAACUGUACAAAAUAGUAGAUGUGUUUUAGGGUAUAAAAUGGUUCAAAACAUGUUCCGGACCGGGUUUCUGGUUCGGGCCACACACACCGUGCUGACCUGGGUCAUAACGCUCAUUCUGUUCGUGCACAACACCGAUUUGCGUCAGUGCGAAGAGCGAGGGGAGCUGAUGGUUCCUGUGCUGUUCUUCCUGCUGGUGGUGCUGUCGGUCCUGUUAUACUUUGCAGUGUCUCUCAUGGACCCGGGAUUCGUCCUUUCUGAUACCGUGAAGCCUUCAGAUCUGGAAAGCGAGUCAAUGAUGCCUCAGUCGUCCACCUGUGGUCUGCGCCGUUGCGGCUUCUGCCUGCUGCAGCAGCCAAUGAGAGCCAAGCACUGUCCGACGUGCGCCCACUGCGUCCGUCGCUUCGACCACCACUGCCCCUGGAUCGAAAACUGCGUGGGCGAGCGCAACCACCGCUGGUUCGUGCUCUACCUGAUGGUGCAACUCCUGAGCCUGCUCUGGGCACUUCGUGUCGCUUUGUCGGGCAUUUCUCCCAGCGCUACGUGGGAGUCGUGGUUCCGGGCCAACGGCUUCCUAUUGGCGGCUUUGUGUGUGGUGGGCGUGUUCUCCGCGGUGGUGUCGGUGCUGCUGGGCUGCCACCUCUACCUGGUGGCCAUCAACUGCACCACCUGGGAGUUUAUGUCCCGCCACCGCAUCGCAUACCUGCGGGAGUGCGGGGAGGAUGACAGCCCCUUUGACCGCGGCGUCCUCUGCAACCUGUGGGACUUCUUCUGUGUGUGCGGGGCCGUAGCCUGGGAGCAGGUCUACCGCAGGAACCCCCAGAAUCCAGUUUGAGCGCUCUCAAAUCCAGAUCUAAGACUUUAUGACCAAAGGUUCUCAUGCUGACAUUGUCCUUGACCGGAUUUUUGAACCGAGCAUUGAUUCUGGACUACUGGUUUCAUACCAGCAAGUCAAUCAGAUGCGAUUUUGGAAGUAGAAGAACCGAGCAGCGAGAUGAACCAAAAAGGAAGGAGAUGGCGUAAGAAUUGGUUCAUCCUUAAACAGACUUUAAACCUAGCACAGAUUCUUGACUACCUCAAGCCAACAAAUCAAUCAGAUGGGAAGUAGACGGAACAAACUGGAAGUGGAGGAACCAGACAGGAAGUACAUCGGUCCGUCAGGACAAAAGUACAAGUAGUUCCUCUGCCAAAUAGGAGCCAGGUCAACCCAUCACAAUGCAAAUUAAUUGGGAAAAAAGUAGAAUAUCUCAUCAUAAUUCACAUUAAUUCAAAG